CCACUCCUUUAUAGAGACUGUUCACACACACUGUCUUUGAGAAGUAUACACUCAGUUGAUUAGCUCUCUGUCUAAACCAAGCUUUGAUAUCGUGUUUAUUUUUCUGGUUUUGACUUUGUUCUCAUUUUUGACCUCGUCUCUCUGUCUGACUUUGUUUUGACUGUUUGUCUGAUCACCUGACCUCUGCCUGUAUAAGUUUAUGGGUUUUGCACUUGUUGUUUUUUGGUAUUAAAGUACAUAACCUGUAUUUGCUUCUGUCUUCGACUCCAUUUCAUGAUUAUUGUAAGUGCUCCUCAGCUCACACAUGGUAAAUUUAUCUUUAUUACUUGCUGUAAGUCUAGGGAAACCCACUUGCUGGUAAACACUAGAAAUCAUGUGUGUAGAAAUGAGUGAAGUUAAUGCUGCAGAUCAUACAUUUUUUUUGUUGCAAUGAUCACCCUAUAAAUAAAAGAUAAAAUGAAAAGAUAUAUAACAGAGAGACACUCAGGCAGUGUGACAGUGUGUGUGUGUUUUUCACUUUGAAAUUCUGGUGUGUGUGUGUGUGUGUCUGUGUGUGUGUGCAGAAGAAUCAGUAAUGAUGAAGUGCUUGUAUCUUUUGUCUGUUGUGUUUCACGUCACUGCAGGUGAGUGAAGUUAUUUUCUAUUUUCUAUUACAGAAGGGAGAGAGAAUAUUAUCCAGUUCUUAGUUCAGCUGCUUUGUGUUUAGUUCAUGUGGUUUCUGUCCAGACUGGGUUUACAGUCAUGCCUUGUGUUAUAAUCUCCUAAUUUAGACCUGUUCAGCUUUGAUCAUGUGGAUUUUUUCUUCCUGAUUAACUUCAGUCUAAAAUGUACUGAUGAAGAGAGGUGGGCGAAUGAAUAAGGAGGAAUCUUCAUUGAGAUGAUUUUACAUCCCUAUAAUAAUUUUGAAAUGUUGUACUUCAUAUUGCAUUCAGUAGAAAGUAAGUUUUUGUAUGUUUGUUUCUGUAGGCUGUGCUCUCUAUGGUGAUAAACAUGUAGCUAUAACAGGAUACAAAGGUGGUUCAGUGCUGUUACCCUGCUCCUGCUUUAACCUGCACACCAAAAAUCAGAAAUUCACCUGGUGGAGCUACAGAACAGGACGUCCGACAGAAGUGUUAAAUGAUGAACACUACCGAGGCAGACUUCAGCUGUUUAAUCACAAUUCUCCAGGUAAUCUGUCUCUGCUCAUAUCUGACCUGAGAGAAGAGGAUGAGGUAGACUACAGGUGCAGGAUUGAGAAAGAAUACAGAGACAUCAAGCUUCAUGUUAAAGUAGGAAGAAGAGAAACUUCAACACACUCGAGGAAAAAACACACAACACCUCCAUCAGAACCGCCUCAGAGUAAAACAACAAACUCUCCACCUGCAUCAUUCUCAACAACACUGGAACAAGUAGGCAGAAGAGAAACUUCAACACACUCGAGGAAAACAGACACAACACCUCUAUCAGAACCGCCUCAGAGUACAACAACAAACUCUCAACCUGCAUCAUCCUCAACACCACUGGAACAAGUAGGAGGAACAGAAACUUCAACACGCUCGAGGAAAACAGACACAACACCUUCAUCAGAACCGCCUCAGAGUAAAACAACAAACUCUUCACCUGCAUCAUCCUCAACAACACUGGGACAAGAUAAACAGCAAACACACAGCAGCCUCCUUCUAGUUUUCAGCAUUCUGGCGGUUUUAUUGUUGGUGAUACCCGGUGUAGUGGCAUUUAUUUGUUGGAGACGCAAAGGAGGAAGAUGUGGAGAGAACGUGAUUACUGAAGGACGUCCGGACUGUAAGAGAAAGCGGAAGGAUCAGACAGAACCUGAUGUUAGUUACUCUACUGUAACCCACGUGAACACAGCCGGAGCAGCACGGGUCCAGAUCAGCGCUGGAGACAAAACUGAAUAUGCCAGCAUUCUAACAAUCUAAUCCACAGUAAAUAUACAUACAUUUAUAUAUUAUAUAUAAUGUUUUCAUACCAUUAAAGAGCAAAUUCAGCAGAUUCAUCCACAGUAUUGUGUUACAUUUACUUUAGCUAAGGUUAUUGUUCUGUAUUCACUGUUAACGUCUGUUAAUGAAUAAAAAACUGCAGAUGGAUAAAUCUUGCUAAUUAUAUUUUGAGUGUACAUGUCAAUUUUUAUGUUAUGCAUAUUAUUCUUAUAUAAUCAAUUAAAGAAGUUUUUUGCCAUCAUACUGUUUUGUGCAAAAAGACGUAUGCUGUAUGUAGCCAAAUGUAAAAAUAUGACAGUGUACAUGUUGAGUGUGGAGUAUUACACAGUAUUCUCUGUGCAUGCCACAGCGUCAGUUAACUGAUGCUGUGGGAAACAGGAAGUAGCCAUUUUCCCAUCAGCCCCCAUGCUGUCCUGCCACAAUCAUGUGGUUACUCUGACAUACUGAGUGUCUCACACUGGCUCUAACAUGAGAGCAUUAUUUAUGUUCACAACUGUGGUUUUAUUAACACUGCCAGAGGUGGUGAAAAUCACCCAGAUACCAUCCUGUGUGCAUACAUGCUGAGACCAUUCAACAUAGUCACAAAGUAAUGUACAACAAAGUAUUUGCAGUAUAUCAUUGCAGUAUACCCCUCCCCCCAUACAUCAUUAAUUUAAUAAAUAUUCUUCUUAAAGAAGAACAGCUCCAUGCAUUUUAAAUGGCAUUGAAAUACUAAUUACUUAUUUGAGCGACUAAUGAUUUACUAAAUAUUUGUCAGAUAUAGAAACCUACAAACCAAUGCACCACUAAUCUGUUUACCUUCCUACUUUGUGCUAUUGUGGGGGACAGUGUGCUCACCACCCCAUUUUACUCACUAGAGUUAUUUUUGUACCUUCUGGUCAAAGUAGGAACUGCAAUAAGCAUUAAUUGAGGCCCAUUGAGGAAGAAAUCCCUCUGCCCCAUGCUCGCUCUAUGAACAUUUUCAGUAAAGAGCAGGACUGUUAAUGACAGGGUUGUAGUUUUUAAGCCAAAUUGGGCUAGCUGAAAUUACUUUCACCACCCAAGAUCUUGUUUUAUAGAAAAUAAUCUAAAUUAAAUCUAAUAUAGUUCUGCAAACAACGGCAAAAUGUGAAGACAGUGCAGACAGUAUGUCUAUGAUGUCCAUCUGCUUUACUGGGAAUACCUCUACACCUGCUCAUUUAUGUAGUUAUCCAGUCAUUCAAUCAUGUGUCAGCAGCACAAUGCAUAACAUGAGGCAGACACAGGUCAAGAGCUUUUUAACAUUUACAUUCAUGGCAAGCGUUAUCAGAAUCCCUUGACCUGUAUCUGCAUGUCAUGCAUCAUGCAGCUGCCACAUGAUUGAAUGAUUGGAUAACUACAUAAAUGAACAGGUUCCUAUUGAAGUGGACAGUGAGUGUAUAUUGUAAAGAUUAGGCAAGAAAAAUGGAGGUUAUGAAAUGUCCAUACAUCAGAAAUGUAAGUGCACCACAGUGGACUUCCCACAUAAAGAUUAAGAAAAAGAUUAAAAAUGUGUCACAUUGCCAAUGCUGGAAUUUUUGCGGUGGUUUCAGGUCUUUUGUGUGUGUGUCGAGAUGUAGAUGGUCUGGAGAUUUUUCUAAACCUUGGCAACCCUGGUUAAUGAUAUUAUCUCUUCUGUUCUCAUCUCUCUAACAACAGGAAACACACCUGCUAUAUCAAACACAGUUGAAGAACGGUCUAUCUAAAACUGUUUAAAACAAUCUGCUCGACUGUGUGCUAGAUGACUGUAUGUUGUGUGUCUGUUAUGGUGUAACUCUAAAAAUGAACUUGAUAGGAGCCUAUCACAUAAGUCAAGUGUUUUAGCUUUGUUUUCAGUCAUGUUUCUGACCAACUCUAACCAGGCUCUGAUGUUGACAAGGCCUUGAGCCCAGAGAUGGUUGGGGCUGGUGAAAAAAACGGAGUUUCUUUUACUGAGAUUUUAAUACACACUGGACACUAAUUUCAUGGAUCCCAUGGAUUCAUGAGUUUAUUUAUUUUUUAUGUUUGUUUGUUUGUUUUGGUUUUUUGUUUGUUUGUUUUGUUUUUUGCAAAAAUGUGGAAAUACUCUGCCAAAUUUUUUGCUUCAGUUUUUAUUGUGUUGCUAAAACACACACACACACACACACACACACACACACACAUAUAUAAUUUUAUUUUGUAAAUAUUGUGAAACAUUAUUAUAUUCUCCAUUAGUGAAUGGCUCAUGUCUAUGAUUGAGGUGCAAAAGGACAGCUAUUUAAAAGCUUGUUGAUGAUGCACAUUACCAUUAUAAGGGAUAUGGUGCCACCUGCUGUAGCAGUCGAGAUAGAACAUGCAGUUUCUCAUGGAACAAAUUCAGGUUUAUGGUUACUUCUUUAUUUUGUUUGUAAUUAUGUUGCUGUACUGUGGAUACGGUAAGUGUUGAAUUGUCUAAUUUGAUUGUUCAGAAGGCGCUGAUUAAUUUUCCAUAACAGCAGCUCUGACUGUAGUGCUGUAAAUCACAGGUUUACAUUAAUGCUCUAUGAGCACUUACUGUAGCAGCUAAUAAAGAUGGUCUACCAGAUUGAGCAGCUCUGACUGUGUUUUGGUAGCUGAAACUGGUCAGAACAGGCUGAAUUUUUCAGCACGUAGUUGCUAUAACAUAAGUGAUUACAGGAAGUAACUUGUUUUGCGGAUUUUCCACAACAUUAAAUGUAACCGUAAACUGAUAAAAGUACAUUCAUGUAAUUCUUUAUUCUAAGAAGAAUGAAGAAAUAAAACGCUAACUCAACUAAAUAGAAACCAUAAUAAUGAAGUCAAAUGUAAAAGAGUAUGGGUUUUGUAAAAUUUACAUAGAUACUGGCACAAAGAAGAGUCAAAAUAUUGAAUAUAGAAAAUAUCACUUUAUAUUUGUCACCACGGUUAAUUCUCUGCCAGACCAGCAGAGGGCAUCUCUCUCAUAGUUUGAAUUUCUUCCUCUGUUGUUCCACUGAUUUCCUGUACAUACCUGUCUUGUGUUUCACUGCCCACUUUUUC